AUUACACUACAGAGAUGCCAUGUCUCCCUUUAUAAAUCAUCAUCUGGUUAUCUCUCCUUUCUCCCACUUCCAGCCAGCAAGAACUCAGUAGAAGCUGUUCAAUACGGGGUGGAAGGAAGCACAGCCUUUCUCGAGUGCCAACCUCGCUCCCCGCAAGCUACCAUCAAAUGGCUCCUCCAGAGAGACAACAGUGACCGAAGGAAAGAGCUCCGCACUGAAGGACGGGUGCUGAGGACAGAGCAAGGGUUGUUGCUGCGGUCCCUGCAGCUCUCAGAUGGGGGCCUGUAUUCCUGCACAGCCACAGAGAACAACUUCAAGCACACCGUGGCCAAAGUGCAGCUGCAUGUACUGAGCAGUGAAACUGUCCAUGCUGUGCUCUUCCAGUCAGAAGCCCCCGUCCCCUCUGCAGCAGCCAUGAGAGCCGGCCUGCCUGGCACGUUCAGCUCUCAGUAUCAUGACCUUGUCCAGCUGCUCACGCAGCCCGAGAUGGGACUCAUCAAUCAGUAUUGCCAGGGAUACUGGCGGCAUGUGGCCUCCAAUCACAAGGAGACUUUGGCUGGUCUCAAAGCCAAGGAGCUGCAUGACCAGAAGAAGCCACGAAACCGUCGGAAUCACCAACCAGAGAUGGAUCAGCACACAUGAAAGUGACAGCUGAAAGGGACUAUGUGAUGACAGUUCUAUAUUUUCCCCAUUUUCUCAUA